AUGGACAACAACAAUAAUGAGCAAGAUAGAGCGUUGCCAAUUGCAAAUGUGGGUCGAAUCAUGAAACAAAUUCUUCCUUCAAGUGCAAAGAUCUCCAAAGAAGGCAAACAAGUAAUGCAAGAGUGUGUCACAGAGUUCAUAAGUUUUGUGACUGGCGAGGCAUCUGACAAGUGUCACAAGGAGAAUCGCAAGACCGUUAAUGGUGAUGACAUCUGUUGGGCUUUAAGUUCCUUAGGGUUUGACAACUAUGCUGAGGCCAUUGGAAUGUACUUGCAUAAAUACAGGCACGCUGAGAGAGAGAAGAUGAAUCAGAACAAACUUGAAAGCACCAAAGAAUUUAAGUAUGAAGGAUCAUCAACAAAAACAAGUAGCCAACAUGAGAAGCAAACUGAAAUUCUUGCUCCAGUACUUGACUGUAGUAGGGUUACUGAUCAUGACAAGGUUGAAAACUCUCCUGCAAAUCAAUCUGCUGCUGGCUGA